GAAGAAUCGGGCCAACGCGAGUUGCUAAGUCACCAGACGUAAACAAAUGUGAACGUGUGGCUUUUCGGUCGUCCUUUGCACCGCAACAGGAAGGACAGGCUUGAUUUGGAAAUGGUUAUUCUGCACGUCAAGCGGGGGGAUGAGAGCCACUUCCUGUUCAGCACCGGCGUGCACGAGCCCGUCGACGUGCUCGUGCGCGACAUUACGAACAUUUACAACGGCAGGCUGAAAGUCGACCGAAUGUGUGCAGAGAUGGCCGAGCUGGCCGAGCACGGCGUCACGCUGCCACCCAACAUGCAAGGGCUGACGGAUGAGCAGCUGGUGGACCUGAAGCUGAAGGACGAGUGGGAGGACAAGUGCGUGCCCAGCGGGGGCGCCGUCUUUAAGAAGGACGACGUGGGCCGGCGCAACGGACACGCUCCUAAUGAGAAAAUGAAAGCCGUGCUGCUUAAAACGGUGGACGAGGCAAAGGCCCUCAUCUCCAAAAAACAAGCGGAAGCCAACGUGUGCGUAACCAUGGCGAUGGUGAGAGAGGCCCUGGCCCAGCUGCGGGGGGCCGUCAUGAUCGUGUACCCCAUGGGGCUGCCUCCUCACGACCCCAUCCGCAUGGAGUUGGAAGACCGCGAGGAUCUGUCGGGGACGCAGGCGUCGCUGCUGGUGCUGGAGGAGUCCGAGUGCCAGCUGUGGUGGGCGGCCAAGGAGUUGCAGAAGGGCAAGAAGCUGCAGGACUAUAUCGGCAAGAACGACAAAACCAAGCUGAUGGUCAAGAUCCAGAAGAAAGGGCAGGGGGCGCCGGCGAGGGAGCCUCUGGUCACCAAUGAGCAGCACAAGCAGAUGAUGAUGCAUUACUACAGGAGGCAGGAGGAGCUCAAGAAAUUAGAUGAGGCCGACGACGACAGCUACAUGGACUCGGAAUGGUCGGACCGGCAGGCCCUCAAAAGACAAUUUCAAGGCCUGAGCAACAUUAAAUGGGGGCCCAGGUAACGGUUUUGACUUCCUCCGACAGGGUUGCCGUUUCCUCGCUUUCUUCCCUGACGCCUUCCUGCCAACCAACAACUGAACGCCAUUCGCCCACACACCCGAUGAUGUCACACUUUGAUCCCAUUAAAUAAACGGCUUGAAGGUCGUUCAAGUGUGGACCUUCAUCCCGUGUUUAUGUUGUUA